ACAAAUUAGUUCCUUGCAGUUCCUUGUGAUUGGUUGGCAUAGAGUGAUCAAUCGAUCUAUCGCAUGAGAAAACUAUCCUGAAAUUUAAUGGAGUUGCUGUCUUGUUAACGUGUUUAAACUGUAUCUUACGCGAUAAAGUAAUUAGAAAAUCUGUUGUGAAAAAAAGGUUAAUUACACCACGAAACUCGCCAUGGCCGACUCGUCGUAUGAGAAAGGAUUAACAGAACUCUCAAAGAUGAAGGUUGCAGAUUUAAAGGCUGAAUUAAAACGUCGUGGUUUAUCAACAACAGGAAAUAAAACUGAAUUGGUAGAAAGACUUCAGUUGGCAAUACACGGAGAUUCUACUUUGUCGUUGGAUGAAACUGCAGAAGAAAUCUUAGAUGAAGAUGCUGUGCUUGGGGAUGAAGAAAUUGAAGAGCUGUCUAGUAAACCUGACUCGCACGAAAUAACAGAAAAACGAAAACUAUCAACAGACAGUAAUAUAGGAAAUCCAAAAAAAAUUGUUCUAAAUCGUAAUCCUAUUAUCGAAGAGAUUCAAAUUGAUCAGAAAAAAGAAAAUGAAAAUGAUUCCAAAAAGUCAGAGAGUGGAGCGUCAGAAAAGAAAGUUAUUAAAUUAUCCCAACUUGGUGUCAAAGAACGAUUGGAAAUGCGAGCAAAGAAAUUUGGCAUGCCCCUCUCAGAAUCUGCAAAAAAGGAAGCCCGGUCAGCUAGAUUUAAUACCAACAAUCAGAAUAAUAAAUCAGCUGCUUCUGUCAAUACACCUGUGCAUACAACAUACGAUGUACUGAAAAAGCGAGCAGAAAGAUUUGGUGCUUCAGUUUCAACAUUAAUGGACAAGGCGGAACUGGAAGCAAGAAUAGAAAAGAGGAAAGCAAGAUUUGGUGAAGUAAAGCCUGUCGAGAAAGUAUUCCAGAACAAAAUCAAAAUAGUGAAAUGAUAUUCAGUUUUAUAUACCAAAACAGUGCUUUAGGUUAAGAUUAGUGUUUUAAGAUCUUCUGCAUUGAAUAAACUAUAAUCUCCGUCGAACAGAA